CAUGAGAACAUGCAAGAAUUUGUUCAUUUAAAAAAUUCCAAAUUUCAAUUAAGUAAAUGAUGAACAAAAAUUACUAACCUCAAAUCUUAAAAAUCAAAAUGAUAAAAGAAGAUUAAGAUAAAACUGAAUGCAAUCAAUUGGAUACCAUUGUAUUCAAAAGGGUAAUUGGUGCUUGAUUGAAGCCGAAUUUUAAUGGGGAAAAAUGGUAAAAGAUACCCACGUAUAUUUGCUUUUGGAGAAAGAAACAUAAAAAAUGAGAUUUUUGUAAUAUAUUUGGGGAGUUAAAGUUUUCAUAAUUUUGAAAACAUAAGUUCUUUAUUUGUACAAUUUUAACUUGCUAAUUAUGCAUUCUACCCGGCUAACAAGCACCCGGCUAGAUUUCGCACCGGUUUCAAAGAUCCGACCCGAAUUUGUCCCCAACCAUUUUUAUACAAUACAAAUUCCUACAUAGAAGAAAAGGCAGUGACACAAGAAGAAAGUAGUAGAAACUGGAAAGAAGCAAAAAUUCAAUGGAAGAUUAUGUACAUCAACAACAACAAUUACCACAACACUACAGCUAUACGGGUGAAGGCAACAGUAUUUUGUAUACAACUUCUGGAAUGAGCACUGGAUUGGGUUGGUAUGUGCUUGCACAAGAUCAACAGCAACUAGGCCCAUAUACAAUAUCUGAAUUGCGUGAGCACUACUCUGCUGGAUACCUACUAGAGAGUACACUUGCAUGGUCCGAAGGAAGGGGUGAAUGGCAACCACUUUGCUCGAUUCCUGGAUUGCUGACGGAUGUACCUCAGCAGAGCACCGGUGGUACAAAUUCGGUUUCUUCGACUUCUAAUGAUCCAUUGGAUGAGUAUGAAAAGUUUCAAAAGGAAGUGAAAGAGGCAGAGGACGAACAAGCAAUCAAUGAGAAUCAAAGGCUUUCAACUCCUCCAGAUGGUGAAAAUGAGUUCACUGAUGAUGAUGGAACUAGGUACAAAUGGGAUAAAGCUCUUAAAGUGUGGGUACCUCAGGAAGAUCCAAGCGACAAAACUGAGUAUCGUCUAGAAGAUAUGACUUAUGCUGAAGAGGAGGAACUUUUCCCUACAUUGCCUGCUGACGAUCCUUCUGGAAAUGAGAACCAGAACAUGGAUAAUACUGAAGCUGAGAAGACUGCUAGAGAUUCAACUGAAACUGCAGCAGCAACACAUAAUGGCAAGAGAAAAUUGCCUGAAAAAGACGCUGAAAAGAAGGAAGCAAAUAAACCUCCAGAUAGCUGGUUCGAGUUAAAAGUCAAUACUCAUGUCUAUAUUACAGGGUUGCCAGAAGAUGUCACUGUUGACGAGGUGGUUGAAGUCUUCUCGAAAUGCGGGAUCAUAAAGGAGGAUCCGGAAACACAGAGGCCUCGAGUGAAGAUUUAUUUUGACAAAGAAACUGGAAGGAAGAAGGGUGAUGCACUUGUUACAUAUCUUAAGGAGCCUUCAGUUGAUUUAGCCAUUAAAAUUUUGGAUGGUGCACCUUUACGGCCUGGUGACAAAAUUCCUAUGACAGUUACACAAGCAAAGUUUGAGCAAAAAGGGGAGAGGUUCAUACCCAAGAAAUCAGACAAGCACAAGAAGAAGAAACUCCAAAAAGUGGAGCAGAAGAUGCUUGGCUGGGGUGGUCGAGAUGACUCAAAGAUAUUGGUUCCAGCUACUGUUUUGCUUCGCUACAUGUUCACUCCAACUGAAUUGCGGGAGGAAGAGAAUUUAUGCUCUGAGCUACAGCAAGACGUCCAAGAGGAAUGUUCAAAGUUCGGUCCAGUGGACUUAGUAAAGGUGUGUGAGAAUCAUCCACAAGGGGUUAUUUUGGUCAAAUUUAAGGAUAGAAGAGAUGCACAUAGGUGCAUUGAGGCGAUGAAUGGACGCUGGUUUGCUGGUAGGCAAAUCCAUGCUAGUGAGGAUGAUGGAUCUGUUAACCAUGCUUUAGUCCGAGAUAUAGAUGAAGAAACUGAUAGAUUGGACAAGUUUGGAGCUGAACUUGAAGCUGGUUCAUAGAUGUGCUUCUCCAUGUGAAAGUAGUAGCAACACUUAUUUUUGCUUGCUAAUACAACCCAUACGUCUAUGCGCUCUUUGAAUAGGAAUCCAUUUCCUGAAUGACUUUUGUACUUUGGUGAGACUCCGAGAUCUUGCAAAAAGUGGUUCAUAGAUGUGUUAGGCACGGAGCACGUGGCAUGCCAACUAGAUUUGGGUUAUCUUCUAGUUUUUCUUUAGCACAUGUGACAUGAUCCAUCGGAAUGACAUGCCUACUAGAAAUAUUGGGUCAUCUACUAGUUUUUCUUUUGAGUACAUGUGACAUGAUCCAUUGGAAUGAGAAAGUAAUCUUUUCUUGGUGAAGUGGAGUAGAAUUUUCUCUAGCACUUGACUUCUGUUCUCAGAACAUGACAUGCUCUGUAAUUACUAUAGUUGUUAAAAUUUAUUUGAUGAUCACUCGAUUUCGAUUUC